CAUUGAAGGAGAGAAACAUCUUUCCACAAGUUGAAACUACGACAAGUGGGAUAUCACAACUGAUCCUUGAGAAUCAACCUGAAGCCAGUUUCUAUAGAGACAUAAGACAUUUAAGUGAUAAGAUCACAACACAUCAUAGCACAGGGAGAGGCAAGGUUGAAGGAAGUAUCAGAGGUGACCUCUACCCAUACGGGACUCUAGCAGAUCACACAGGCCCAACCAUGGAGGAGAGAAGGCGUGUGGGCUACUACGUGCACAGAGAGGUGCUGGAUGAGGGAAAAGUGGACCAGUUGGCUGAGAAAUCAGAUGUUAAAGUCCCUUUCUCUGAAAAAAUCAGAGAGUCAGUGAGGUGUUCUGGCCCCAGGCUGAAGAGUUGUAUGUUGUCGUCUGUUCCUGUCCUCUCCUGGCUGCCUCGCUACUCCCUCAGAGACAACGCCAUCGGAGACCUGAUCUCAGGCAUCAGUGUGGGCAUCAUGCACCUACCACAAGGGAUGGCCUAUGCUCUGCUAGCAGCAGUGCCCCCAGUGUUUGGUCUCUACUCUUCCUUUUACCCCAUCCUCAUCUACUUCAUCUUUGGGUCGUCCAAACACAUCUCUGUGGGUACAUAUGCAGUGAUGAGUGUGAUGAUCGGGGGAGUGACAGAACGCUUGGCCCCAGACACUAACUUCAUGAUGUAUGUUAACGCCACCAAUCAGAGUAUGGUGGAUGUUUUGGCUCGAGACACGGAGCGGGUGAAAGUGGCUGCUGCCGUUACUUUCUUGUCCGGCCUCUUCCAGAUGCUCCUGGGCCUGGUUCAGUUUGGCUUUGUGGUGACCUACCUGUCUGAGCCCCUGGUCAGAGGGUACACCACCGGAGCAGCCAUCCACGUCAUCGUCUCUCAGCUCAAGUACACCUUUGGUAUCAGUCCAAAACGCCACAGCGGAUCCUUCGCCCUGAUCUUUACGGUGAUAGAGGUGUGCUAUCUGUUGCCAGAAACCAACAUAGGCACCCUAGUGGUGAGCCUGGUGUCCAUCAUUGGCCUCAUCAUGGUCAAGGAGCUCAACACCUACCUGGGCAAAAAGCUGCCAGUACCCAUUCCUGUAGAGCUGCUAGGGAUCAUCAUCGCCACGGUGAUCUCCUGGCAGGUCAACCUGGAGGGGAAGUAUGGAGUGGAAGUGGUGGGAGAGAUCCCCUCUGGUCUACAGCCCCCUGUAAUGCCUACAGCCUCUCUAUUUGGGAAGGUGAUAGGUGAUGCCUUCGCUCUGUCUGUGGUUGGCUACGGCAUUGCCAUCUCCCUCGGACGGAUCUUUGCCCUAAAAUAUGGCUACAAAGUUGACAGCAACCAGGAAUUGAUAGCCCUGGGUCUCAGCAACUCCAUUGGAGGGGUGUUUCAGUGCUUUGCAAUCAGUUGCUCCAUGUCCCGCACCAUGGUACAGGAAAGCACUGGGGGCAAGACUCAGGUGGCGAGUGCUCUUUCAGCCAUGGUGAUUCUGGUCAUCAUGCUGUGGAUUGGGGCUCUCUUUGAAGAGCUGCCAAAGGCCGUGUUGGCAGCCAUCAUCUAUGUGAACCUGAAUGGCAUGAUGAAGCAGUUCAUGGACAUCCCAACUCUGUGGAAGAGCAAUAAAGUGGAUAUGCUGGUGUGGGUGGCAACUCUGACCCUGACCGUGCUCUUCAACCCUGACAUGGGCCUGGCAGCCUCCAUUGCCUUCUCCAUGCUCACGGUCAUCUUCAGGACCCAGCUGCCGAAGUACUCCCUCCUAGGGCAGGUCCCUGAGACUGACAUCUACAGACCAGUGGAGAACUAUAAUCAGGUAAAUGAGAUCCCUGGUGUGGUGAUCUUCCGCUCCUCUGCGACCCUCUACUUUGCCAACGCUGAGAUGUACCAAGACGCCCUGGCAGAGAAGAGUGGGAUUGACAUCACCAAGCUCAUCUCCCAAAAGAAGAAAGCAGAGGCCAAGAGACUGAGGAAGGAAAAGAAAGAGGCCAGGAAAGCCAAGAAGGACGCAAAGAAGAAUGCACAGGAAUGGGAAGGCGAGCCAGACAGUUCGGAGAACGAGGUGGAGAAUGGUGUGGCCACAGUGGAGGAAGGGAGUAAACCUGACUCCACCCUUCCUCGUGCCAUCAUCCUGGAACUGAGUCCAGUCAACUUCCUGGAUACUGUGGGCGUCAAGACUCUACGCAAUAUCCAAAGAGACUACGGUGAUAUCGGUGUAGAGGUAGUCCUGUGUGGAUGUCAGACUGGUGUUAUUGAGAACCUGGAGAGUGGAGGGUUCUUCAGUGAGAAAGUCAGCAAAGCAUGUCUCUUCUCCUCAAUCCACGAUGCAGUGCUUCAUUGUCAGACAGACAGGGCCAAGAUUAACAAAGAUGACGAGGAAGUGCAAGCGACUCAUUUCUGAAUACUGAGGGUAAUGGAGGCGUCUUACUGUAUGGUACUUGGGUACUUAUUAGAAAGUUCAGAAUACUUGACAUUCAUAUUAUGUCCACAUAUUUUUUGACACAGAAAGAAAGUAUGAAAGAAAGAAUGUAUCAAAAAGAGACACAGAUACAAACACUUCAACGAGACACACAAACCUUGACAGCCCCAGAUUAAUGUUAGCCUUGUACUCCAUGCAAUGUGCCAAGGAUGUACAUUGAAACAGAAUAAUAUUAUUCUAUGACCUUCCUAUAA